AUGGCGCUCACAGAAAACGGCACGCUGAUUCUGGGCACCCGCCGGGCCGGCAAUGUGUACGCGAUACCUGAUGCGCUGACUGACCCCGACCCUGAAGUCAUUACCCUGCUGGAAGACCUGCGCAUGCCCAGUGGUGUGGCGGUUCACAAUGGCGAUUUGUACAUUGGCGCGGUAGAUCGGAUUCUGAAAGUGACCGCCAUUGAUACGCAGCUGAAACCGAACGUGCCUUACCAGGUGAUCACCGAUCAGCUGCCGGGCGAAUCUCAUCAUGGCUGGAAGUAUCUGAAGUUUGGGCCUGACAACGCCCUUUAUGUGCCUGUGGGUGCACCGUGCAACAUCUGCCUGUCGCCAGACCCGCGCUUCGCCAGCCUUCUGAAGAUGAACCCGGCCAACGGCGAGACAACCAUCUAUGCCCACGGCAUCCGAAACACAGUCGGUUUUGCAUGGCAUCCAGAAGAUGACAGUUUGUGGAUCAGCGACAAUGGCCGCGACAUGAUGGGUGACGAUGUACCCCCUGAAGAGCUCAACAUUGCCACCGGCCCAGGCCAGCACUUUGGCUACCCUUUCAUCCAUGGCGACGACAUUGCUGACCCUGAAUUUGGCGACCACAAAGACCGCGCAGCGCACGUCUUCACAGCCCCAGCCCUCAACAUACAAGCACACAGUGCUGCCCUGGGCAUUACCUUCUAUAACGACACACAAUUCCCGCAGGACUAUAAAAAUGCCGUCUUCAUUGCUGAACAUGGCUCCUGGAACAGAACCGAAAAAGUCGGCUACCAGGUCAGUGUGGUGCUGAAAAAGGCUGACGGUGUACUGUCUUAUCAACCCUUUGUGACCGGCUGGCUGAAAGGCCAGGAGAACUGGGGGCGCCCCAACGAUGUGCUGGUGGCACCCGAUGGCAGCCUGCUGAUUUCUGACGAUCAAGGCGGCCUGGUUUACCGCGUACGUUAUACCGACGGCCUGGCACAACUCGGCGUGGAACAUGUAUUUGCCAUCGUCAGCAUCCACAACAUGCCGAUCCUGGAUGCCAUCAACCGCCUGGGCAAAACCAGAAUCAUAGACGUUCGCCAUGAGCAGGCGGGCACCCAUGCCGCGGAUGGGUAUGCCCGCGCCAGCGGCAAACUGGGCGUCAUGAUCGCCUCUACCGGGCCAGGUACGUCCAACACGGUCACCGGUCUCUAUGAGGCUCAAUACGGAUCUUCCCGGGUACUGGUGAUUACCGGCCAGGCAGAAACCGGGUUCUAUGGCAAAGGUCUGGCUUACGUCCACGAAGCUGAAAACCAGGUACCGAUGCUGGCCAGCGUCUGUCGACGCGUUGAAAGCCCGCGCCAUGUCUCACAGCUGGCUUCUGCAUUUGCACAGGUGAUCGACGAUAUGUUCACCGGUCGCCCGGCGCCAGGAGCGCUGGAAAUCCCGAUCGAUCUGCAAUAUGCGACUGCUGAAGCCGCCACCUUCAGCUUCCCGGAGCAGAGCAGAUUUGAACCUGAUGAGCAGCUCAUCGAUCAGGCGGUUGCAAAAAUAAAACAAAGCAGCCGACGGAUUAUUGUGGCUGGUGGCGGCGUGAUUGCUGCCGGCGCCAGUGAAGCGCUGCAAAAACUCGCGCGUAAGCUUGAUUGCCCGAUACUGACCACCGUCGACGGACGCGGCGUGAUUGCAGAGGAUGACCCUCUGUGUGUCGGCAAUUAUUACAAUAGCGCAGGUAUUUACAAUGCCAUCCAGGGUGCCGAUUUAACCAUCGCCAUCGGCACCAAGUUUGCCGUUGGGGUGGAUGGCCAGUUUCAGGCACAAACCCCACCGGGGGAAAUGAUUCAGAUCGAUAUCGACGGCAAUAUGAUCGGCCGCACCCAUCGGGCACAUCUGGGUAUUCUGGCGGACGCCAACCUUGCACUCACCGCCCUGAACGCAGGUCUGGAUGACCUGUUGCCCAACGAUGGCCAGUUCAACCAGACCAUCUGGGAAGCGCGCGAUGGCGUGCGCGGCGCCAUGCGCAAGCGGUUAGGUGAAGACUGGCCCCAGGUGAUGGACGCCAUACGCGCCAAAUUGCCACGUGACAGCGUCUUUGUGCGGGACCAGACCAUAUCCGCAUACAACUGGGGUAAUCAGCAGUUCCCUAUCUACGAACCGCGCACGUCUAUCAACCCAACCUCUGGCGCUAUUGGCCCGGGUUUCCCAAUGAGCGUGGGGGCUGCUGUGGCCACCGGGCGCAAAACCGUUGUCAUCCACGGUGAUGGUGGUUUCAUGUUCCAUGCCACUGAACUGGCCACCGCAGCGCAGUAUCAACUGCCUUUGAUCGUGUGUGUGUUUAACGAUUCCGGCUACGGCGUGCUGCGCUGGCUGCAGGACAAUCGCUUUGGACGCAUCAAUGAAACCGACCUGGGCAAGGUGGCAUUUGCGCAGAUGGCACAAAGCAUGGGGGUGCCCGGUGAGCGGGUGGCCAGCGUCGAGGAAUUUUCAAACGCCUUUGAUAGCGCCAUGGCUGCCAGCGGCCCUUAUCUGAUCGAUGUUGAUAUGGAACACUUCGCGCCGAUGGAAAUUUCAGUCAUGCCGAAACAGAAAAAAGAAGUCGACCUGCGCGAAGUCACAACCAUGAGCGAAAAACUGGCCGGGAGCAUCUUUGUGCGCGUGGAAAUCACUACCGCUUAUUUGAUGAAUUUAAAUCUGACGCCCGAACAGGACCUGAUUAUUGGCAUGGUGCGUAAAUUUGUGCGUGAAGAGAUCAUCCCGUUGGAGAUGCACCUCGAUCCCGACGCAGAUGAAUUAGCUCCAGACGACAAAGCCCGACUGAUCGAAAAAACCAAAGAAAUGGGAUUAUAUGGCCUGGACAUUCCGCCUGCUUAUGGUGGCCCGGAAAUUGAUCUGGUAACCCGCACAUUAAUUGCAGUGGAAAUGUCGCAACAUCGCGCCGGCCUGUACGCGCCCUGUUAUGGCACGUUCGGUGGCGCAGGACUUGCGCAGCUGUUCGAGGCCACAGAGGAUCAGAAGGAACGUUACCUCUAUCCCACUCUGCGCGGCGAAAAGCGCGGUUUUUUCGGGCUGUCGGAACCCUCCGGAGGCUCAGACCCAGCCCGCGCAAUACAGACUAAAGCUGUGCAGGAUGGUGAAGACUGGGUCAUCAACGGCGGCAAGUUAUGGAUCAGCGGCGCUGACCGCGCUGACUUUGGCCUGGUAUUCGCCCGCACUGACAGCGAUCAGGGGCGCAACGGCGUCACCUGUUUCAUCGUCGAUACGGAUACUCCAGGGUUCCAUGUGCGGCGCAUCGUGCACACCCUGCGCUCUGCACAUUACGCCACGGAACUGCAGUUCGAAGAUAUGCGCGUACCUGCCAGCAACAUUCUGGGCAAACUCAAUCGCGGCUUUGCCAUCGCCAACGACCGUCUGACCCGACAACGCAUUCCUUAUGCGGCGGGUUGUAUUGGGGUUGCCAUCAAAGCACAGGAAAUGGCGUUGGAAUACGUGCCACAGCGGGAGACUUUUGGCGCGCCGCUGUCUUCUCGACAGGCCAUUCAGUGGAUGCUGGUCGACAACGAUAUCGACAUCAAACAGUCACUCUGGUUGACCCUGGAAGCCGCCAACAAAGCUGAACAGGGCGAAGUGUUCCGCAAAGAAGCCGCCAUAGCCAAACUGGUGGCCACCGAAGCGGGUGGUCGGGUUGUUGACCGGUGUAUGCAGAUGUUUGGUGGCUUAGGGGUCGCUAAAGAUCUGCCGUUUGAACGCUGGUUUCGCGAAAUGCGCAUUCGACGUAUUGGUGAAGGCCCCUCGGAGGUGCAGCGUCAUGUCAUUGCCCGGGAGCUGCUGGGUGCUUCGCUGCGCUGA